ACUGGAAUGUGAUCCGGUCAACUUCUUGCUUGUUUCCGCAGUGAACCCUAAGAUUCCCAUCCGAAUCAUAGCCCGUAUGAUAUACUACUUACAGUGAUUGCAUCACUCUUAAGCGUUUUCACGCAGUGCCUUGGUAAAGCUGUCAGUUUGCCACAGCACAAAGAUUGAUUUUUAUGCAUUACCAGUCCCUUGUGACAGCUCUGAGCUUAGGGUCAGCAGCUCUAGCAUUACAUGGCCAGUUUCCGAUCAACAUCGCUGAAGAAAUUGGCGCUCGACCCUUGGAUAUCACCAACUCGAACCCUGGCCAUCUGAACAGUAUCAGCUCCAACAGUGAACAAUGGAGGUUUGACGAAUGUCCUCCCGAGAACGCGACAGGGAACUUGAUCUUCGACACUGUUCAUUCAUUACUACAGCACUGGCCAAAUACACGAUAUCGUAAUGGACACAACAUAGUACCAGGAGUGAUUCCAAUCGGUACUUUGCUCUACCAUGGCACUAAUGGCUCGCGUAUCAUACCCAGUGGGCCCGAGUGGACCGCUAUGAACCCGGAGCAUUCUAUUUACUUUUCUCGUGGAAAUGGCAGUGGCUGGCACCUCACGCUGGCAGCAACGCGACCUCUUAAAGUAUUGUACUUUGAUGGAAGCAGUGCUGCUAAGCUAUCCGAGGGUACGAUGGAUGUGCAGGACAUAAUAGCCUGGGGAGAACCACGACCCGAGCGAUCCUUUGAUGAAGGAGACCGGAUUAAUGCUCUUUGUGCAUGGGGAAAGGAGUUUGGAAUCGAUGGUUUCGUGAGUGAAGUCAUGUUGUGUGAUUUCACAGCCGGCGUCGAGGUAGUAUCUUUCGUACACAUCGCCUUACCGAGGGACGACCGAUCAUUCCCUCUCUCUACUUCAGUCGAUCCCAACACUUGUCAGUCUUCCACUUGUGGCUUAUGGCACAAUCGCUACCCAGGAGAUUCUCGCAUUGUGCUGGACCUGACUGGUCUUAUAUCAUUGUAUGAUACUGCACUGGCACCAUCCCUCAUUUCGGCUCGCGCGGGUUUUGGACGGCUUGACCAUCGGGUAUUUGGAAUAUCAUCAGAUGACAUAUCGCGGGUGAUGAGAAAGCUCAUCAAAGUUGUCACUCGACCACACCCAGUAGGCAGCGGCAUCGACUGGAAGACCCUUCUUCAUGUCAUCGUUGAUCGAUACGCGGAUCGACUCGAGUUGACGCGGUAUCUCCUCAAUGUUACCUUAUCAGACCCACAAGAACUCCUUGAGCGAGCGAAGCUCGUGCAAUUCCAGCUCCGUGUUAUGCUCACACCAUAUCUAUUACAUUCCACCGCCAUCCCAAACACAGGCACUUUAGGCAUAUAUUUAUCACAAUGGGCGUCUCCGAUUUUUAGUCUAUGUGUCACAACACACACUUCCCAGAUCACAAACCUCAAACCCUUAAUGACGUCUUCGGAACUCCUACUACUGAAAGCAGUUGAGGACACAACGAGGGAGAUCUGCCGUAUCACUAUAAAAAUGUGGGCUGUAGGUGUCAUGAGCGGCUUUGACACUCUUUUCCCCAUUGAACUGAAUGGCGAGCUUGAUGUCACCCAAAUAAUGAAUGACUGGAGACAAGACAUCGGGAAGCUGAUGUCUUGGUUAGAUUGGAGUGUAUGGAUCAAAUGUCGACCUGCCUGCGGUCCAGAGGAAAUGUGCUAUCUCUCUACUUGGCCCAUCAAUGCCCCAAGGCCAGAGCGUCCACUACUGUCUCCACGGAACUCACAAAACCUCACGAAUUUCCCGGAAACACAAUACGUCGCUGACCGAGUUACACAACCCAAAUACCCUACGAUGCCAGCAGAGGAUUGGGGCUUGCCCCAACCAAGAUGCAUCAGGCGCCUCCAGCCGUACGGGUUUUGAUUAAGAUGUGCCUUCACAUUGUUUGCACGGUUGCGAGUCAUGUACCUGGAUUAUGCUUUUUAGGGUUUGAUAGGGUUCUGGGAUCCCAGUGGAUGCUUGCGCGAUAGCACUGGCGUCCGGAUGGCGGGUGGGGCGGCAGGAGCAGCGACCCCACUGUUGUAAUACCUCCCCAAUACCAGCAAUUCACAACGAUAACCAUUGAUAGCUCAUCCAAUACUAUUAGAUCUGUGUCGAUACCAUUUUCUGGGCCAGAUAGAAUGAUUUUAAGCGCG